CAAGAGAAGAGUCAGCUGGAAUUGUUAGAAAUAAUGGAGCUAUUGCAAGAGAAGAGUCUGGAAUAAGUGAAAGUGGUGGCUCACGAGUUGGAAAUAAGAAAGGGCAAGGGGCUACACGGAAUCUAAAACUUGCAAAACUUUUUACAAAGGAACGGUUCCCAAUCAUAUGAAAAAAGGAAAGACCAGUAGGGGAAUACUCUACAGUAUUCAAAUCGGAGUGUACUGCCCUUGUUAGACGGAUUAGUAUAGUACCUUUACAAGUCAAAGAUUGGAGAGAGGUGCCUCAUCAAAACAAAAGAAAGCUAUUUGAUUAUAUAUUGGAACGCUUCAUUGUUGAGGGUCGAGAGACUCUUGUUUGGCGGCAAAUGAAUAGGUCAUACAAAAAUUACCGAAGCUCCUUGAAGAAAAAAUGGUUUAAGCCAUAUGAGAAGGAUCCUAAGGAGGCACUAGAAAUUUUGCCACCUAACAUGGCGGAUGAUGAUUGGAACUAUCUUGUGAAUUUAUGGAGCAAUAAGGACUGGAAGAAAAUGUGUGAUAAAAACAAGUAUAGUCGUUCCAAAAACUUUAUCAUUCACAUUACUGGAUCAAAAAGCUUCCAACAACGAAGUGAAGAAGAGAGGGAGAAAACUGGAGAAGAUCCUAGCCGGCUUCAAUUAUUUGAGAUCACACAUACGAGAUCUAAUGGGCAAGCUGCAAAUGAAACUACACAGGAAGCAUUGGUAUGGAAAUUCCUAAAAAUGCUUGUAUAACUUGUUAUUAAGAUUUAUUUUUAUAUGCUGCUAGAAAAUGUAUUUUUUUUAUGUGCCUU